AUGGCUGCCGGUCUCAAGACCGUUAUACUUCUGUCCUUUGUAUUGGCUGUAGGAUUUCUGUUGAUUAUACUCUCUUGUGCGUUGUGGGCGAACUGGUUACCUCUACUCGUCGCUCUUACCUUCGUCCUCGCUCCUCUACCUAAUGCGCUCUUUGGACGUUGCAGUGCAGACGACUUCUCCGCAGAAUAUGAAAGCUCGGGACCGGCAGACGUGGGGCGCUUCCUUACAUCCGUUAUAGUGGUUACUGGUUUCGCACUACCCAUCGUUCUUGCACACUCGGAAGUGAUUCGCCCAGCGGCAUGCGUCAUGUCGAUUAUCGGGGGAGGGUUGGUAUACGGUACGAUACUGGCAUACUCCGCAGCAUUCAGGCAGGAAGAGUCUGAGUUCGAUUAG